AUGCUCGGACAUUCCGUAGAGAUAUUCGAGAAGUCGAAAUUUGCGAAAGAAGUCGGUGCGGCCUUGGGCCUCACCCCUAAUGGAUCCCGGGUACUCGCGACUUUAGGCUUCUCUUUCGAAAGUGCUCGGGCCAGAGAAGUCAGCAGCUGGGAUGUUGUCGAUGGUGUCACUCUGCAAACGCUUAAGAGCAUGGACUUCACCACGGCGCGGGCGCAGUUCGGAUUCCCAGCGUAUUCAGUCCAUCGUGUUGAUUUUCAUGGUGAAUUGCUCCGUUUGGCGCAGAAGUCUGGCGUUGCAGGUGAAGAGCCUGUGACGUUACAUCUUGCCUCACCUGUGGUCAGCGCGGAUGCACAAGAGGGCCUCGUUGUACUCCAAGAUGGAUCCCACCAUCACGCAGAUUUGAUAAUUGGUGCGGAUGGCAUUCAUUCUGUGCUCAGACCUGUUGUGACCGGCUCCCUGGAGAAGCCACGCUUCACCGACCUUAGUGCCUUCAGGUUCCUCAUCCCUACCAAUAAGAUGCGUGACGAUCCUGCUCUAGAUGGUUUGAUGAAGUGGAAGGGAACAGGAGCUGCGACGCUUGCGAACCCGAAUGACCCAUUUCCAAAACGGCAUAUGAUGUGGUAUGACUGCCAGGAUGGUGAGGUGCAGAAUUUCGUAGGCAUUAGCCAUGCUAGAGAUGAGCCUCACGAGGAUUCCGCAAAUCCGGACUUCACUGCCCCAAUGCUUGAAGAUUUUCAGGCCUAUCAUCCUGAUCUCAGGCAUGUGAUCAAGAUUGCUGAAGAUAUCUCUUGUUGGCCUCUCAUGGCCCGUGAUCCACUGCCAUCAUGGACGAAGGGGAAGAUUAUUUUAGUGGGUGAUGCUGCUCAUCCUAUGCUUCCCUUCGGUGGACAAGGCUCGAACCAGGCUAUCGAAGACGCUGGCGCAUUAGGAAUUGUCCUCGCAGGAGCUGAAAAUGUCACAGAUAUACCUGGACGGCUGAAGGUUUUUGAGGAUGUGAGAAUCAACCGAGCGUCCACCAUUCAAAUUUUAUCCACGACCCGGGCUGGCACCGAGAAGAGUGUCGAAGAAGCUCUCAAGCAAUACGUAGCCCCUGGAACCAAAGUCCCUGGUUCUCUAGCGGAGCGGAACUGGGAUGCCUACAGCCACAACGUCCUGCAAGCGGCUGCAGAGGCUUUGGCCGCUGCCAAAAUGUUGCCAGACACGUCCGCAAAUCACGAAGAUCUGUUCGAUCUGGAUCAAGGUCACUCCUUACUCCUACCAGCAAAGAAAGACUUUCCAGGUAUUCAGGAGGUGGCACCAAGGGCACAGAGUGCGGUCUAG